AUGUUUCCUGCCAACCUCAGCCUGGAGAGCAGGGUCCCCAGGGCCCACAGGCCUGGAGAGGCAGGCGGUGGCGCCAAUGCAAACAGCGUACCACCUAUUUCAGACCCUCACAACCCCCCACCCACAGAAGAGAUGGCCGUGAGGAUGAGGUCCAACGAUCUGCUCACUGGAGGACACAGUUCUGCCUGGUUACUGCAGGAUAGAUGCAAGGGGAGAGAAGAUACCAGGCUGCCAGGUCCCAGACACCCCUCAGAGCCUUUGCUCACACUGUUACCCCUGGCAGUCCCCACACCCUCCCUGCUCCGCACCAUCUAG